UUUCAGGGACCGUCGUUUUACGAGAAAAACUUUGCGAAAUUUGGACGAAUCUUCAAGACGCACCUAUUUCUGAACCCCACUGUUCGAGUUUACGGGAAAGAUAAUAUCGCCAAGAUACUUCAAGGGGAGAAUGAUAUUGUGACUUCAACGUGGCCAGCUUCAACCCGUCUCAUCCUUGGGGAAGACACCCUCGCCAUGGCACAGGCCGAGGAACAUGCAUUCAUGAAGAAAAGGGUGUAUGUAGCCUUUUCACACUCAGCUCUCAGUGGUUAUGUCUCUAUGAUUCAGAAACCCGUCAGGACAGCCAUCGAGAAGUGGUGUCAGUCUGAUGAGGUGCUAGCCAGCAAUGUCUUGAGACAUCUGUCAUUCCGUGUUGCUGCUGAUGUUAUCUGUGGCUUCCGUUACACCGACGAGGACGUGACAACGCUCUGUCAGAAGUUUGACGAAAUCAUGAAAGGCAUCAUGACAAUCCCUUUCGAUUUGCCCUUCUCUACAUUUAGAAAGGCCCUGAAGGCUCGUGACUUCAUCAAACAGAACCUGGACGAGAAUGUGAUGCGCAAGGCUAACCUAGAUCCCGAGGAAGACACCCAAGAUGCCAUGCGAAUCCUGAUCAACCUAGCCAAUAAAUCAGACUGCAAUACUUCCAAGGAAGGCUUGUAUGAAGCCAUCAAGAACCAAACGAUUGAGUUUUUGAUAAGCGGAAUGCUGUCGCUCAGUUCUGCAGCAAGCACCAUGCUGUACCACCUCGCCAGGAAGCCAGAGGUCCUAGCCAAGGUUCGGGAAGAGCUGAACCAGUAUGGCCUGUUGACCGACUACACCCCUCUAACCCUUAACAAGAUCAACCAAUGCCACUAUGUCAUGCAAGUUAUCAAGGAAUCUUUAAGAAUGGUCCCUCCCAUUGGUGCUACCUUCAGGACUGCACUCAAGACCUUUGAGUUAGACGGCAAGCAAGUUCCCAAGGGUUGGACAGUAUUCUGGAGUAUCCGGGAGACCAUCCACUUAUCAAAUUCCUUCACCAACACCCACGAAUUUGAUCCUGAUAGAUUCUCACCAGAACGCAGGGAGGACAAGGUUGCUGGUCGCUUCUCCAUGCCCGUCUUUGGCCAUGGCACCCACAGCUGUAUCGGACAGAACUUUGCACUUCUCACGUUACGCAUCUUGCUUAUCGAGUUGGCGCGCACCUGUGACUUUGAAACACCUAAUGUAGAGAAGAUUAAAUUCGCAUGGCUGCCGUCCCCGAAACCCAAGGGUGGUAUGCCGACGCGGUUCACGCGGAAAGUUAUGGUGGAUCAAAAUGAGAACGAGGUCUGCUACUCUAAGUCUUCGAUAUCUCAGGACGAUGAGGGUCCAUCAGGAGAUGGUGUCCAUCAGAGAAGUGCAACGUGUCAUGCAGCAUGAAGACAUUCAAAAUUGGACAUUGUAUUUUGAGAAGAACUGGACAUUUACACGCACAAAGCUCUGAUCUUAGCGAACACGUUUGAAAUGAAGAAAUUAUGACGCUCUGUUAUAGGGAUCGAUUUGAUUGUCUCUACACGACACGUUCCCUUUAAACUGUAACCUUGCACUGUGGCUUUGCAUUACGAAUGCAUAUAGACAGUGGUCAUGAGAAACUGAUUAAACAAUCCAAUAUGUCCUUGAUUUCAACCAAAUGCCAGCAAACCAUUCUACAUUCAUCGACAUGUUUCGCGCUGAAGGCUCUUGAUGACAUGGUGAAAAUAAAGAUCUUCGGUGUAUGCUUUGGAAAGUAAUCAAAAGUAUGGAGGUUGACAAGAUGUAAAGGCAAAAAUAUAAAUAUGUAUACAUUUGAAUACACACAUAUACAUAUAUAUAUAUAAUUUAUAUAUAUAUAUUGCCUUUUGACGGUAUUCCAUAGUCAUGAAUCUAUUCACUGAUAGGUUAUCAAUUAUCUAUGUAUUCAUUUCAGGCAUUUUGUGAUGACAAGGCACCUUAAUAUUCAUAUUUUAUCAAUUUGCAACACUGUAAAUAUCAUGUCUUGUCUUCAAUGUCUUUCCAAAGCUUAUUUUCAUUUGAUAGGCAGAUAUUUCUUAGCCAACAUCUUGUUUCUACUUGAUGAAGCGUGGUAGUCGUAACGUUGGUUUGCGAUUAUUCUACUUAUACAUACAUACAUACAUGUACAUGUAGUGUGACAGUAUUUUGUACCAACUUGGAGAAAUACUUGACUCUUUAUGAGUUUAAAGAUGAGCAGAAAAAGCAGCUUAAGUUUUAUUCAGAAAGGUAGAUAUGUAAUGUAUUUAUUUAUUGCUUAUUUUUUCAUUAAGUACGUAUCUUGUUUCCGGACAAAGAAAGAGAUAGAGCUUUAUUUGAAAUGUAAUCUGGAUCUGUACUUGUAAAAUGUUUAGUUGCAUUUUUCUGUUUGAAAGUGGAAAAUGAAAACUUUUGUUGCACGAUAUGGUAGGUAUGCGAAAAUGGAUUUCACCUUGUACUCUCAGGUGAUAAGUGACUUGUAGUUGCAGAUAAGAAUAAAGUAUUGGAAUGGAUAAGGAUGUAGAUUAAUUUAUGAAGAACAUGAUUUAUGAGGAACAAAUCAAAUUAUAGAUCACCUACGAUCACAAAAAAAUGUCAAAAAGAUAACGGUGUUGUUUUGAUGCUAUUUAAUGUAUUUUUAAAACCUUGUGGUUUAAAUGCUGGUCUUAUUCAAGCUUAUUGAUUUAAUAGCUCGAAAGAAUUGCAUUUACAGUGUUUGUUUUUGUCUUAACUGUAAAAGUAAAUUUUUAUGUAUUUAUAUGUGUAUAGUAUUGCCAAAAGAAUUCUUUUAUAUAAAGAAAAGUAUGUAUUGUUACAUUUUUUGAAUGGAUGAACAAUGUUUUCAGACAAAACGGGUAAUGUAAGUGGCUAUAUUGAUUUUGUAUAGAAGGGAGGUCGGUGACAUGGCAUGAAAAUAUGCUUUCUGAUUUGUUUUUUUUAAGACAUGACUUUUCAUCAUCUGUUUCCAUUCAAUAUGUACAUUGUGCACAAAAUACUAUGGAUGUCAACUAUUUACUUGCAAAUUUCCAAAAAAGAGUAUUGACAAUUUUAUUCAUUCAUUAAAUAAUUAAUAGCAAACUAAAUAUAACUUGUUGCUGAAAUCAGACAGCAGUAUUGCGUCAGCGCAACAAAAGAAAUGUAUCCUUAACCUAUUAAACAAUUAGGCGUAACAUUAUUUAGAUUUCAAUGAUUUACAAACACCUUGGAAUAUUCAUCUUCACAUAUAAUUUCAAAAUAAGGAGCCAAUUCAUUUAUGCUCAUUUGAUUGGCAACAUUUUACAUCACAAUAUUCCUUGACACCAUUGCCAUUUUUUCAUAUAAUACACUGAAAAACUAACCACGAACACAAGGGAAAAUUAAAUGCUAAGUAAUCAGAAAACACCUCAACCUCUUUCUAAUAAGUAAAACAAUGAAAACUUGCUUGUUCAAUCUGGAUUUUAAAUUGUCGACAUUAAAAUGCAAAUGUGUACAUAUAUCAGAAAGAUAUGAAAAGGAUAUUGGUAACUAACUAAAUCCUCUUGUGUGUGGGUCAUAAUAAAGGAGACGUUCCCACAGGCUCUGUAGUUUGUUUCAAUGUGAGCAUACCUGGGAGUCGGGCAAUGGGCGAGCACAGGCUUGCCAACAAGUAUGUAUUAAGAAUAUGAUUGUCACAGAUUACAGAGCAGUGGGGAUCAACCCUUAUAGAUGACAUUCAAAAGUGACCUUAUUCCAAACAAGGUGUGUAACUUUGAGAUGUCCAUCUUUUGUACCAGAAUUUAUUGAGAAAAAAGUGAGAGCGAGUCAGGAUGGAGGAACAAUUCAUGUUUUGAAAUAUUUGUAUGAUCUUAGCAGUAUUUUACCAGUGUGUAGUGAGGUUUUUACUGUUGCAUAUUUUUGAUACAGGGAUAUUUUUCAUGCGUUUGUGUGCUUUUUUCCCUUUUACAACCUUACAAAUUUAAAGUUAAUUUCCCCCUUUAAAACAUAUCCAAACAUUUUUUAAUUCAAAGUAUUCCUUCAAAUAAUGCACCAGGAGUGUGCCAAAAUUUAAGAUUAGAAUGUGUUUCUUGAAAAAGUAUUGAAUAUUUUUGUGCAUUUUUGGUUAUACCUUGAACUUAUGAGAGAGCUUAGUGCUGUUAGCAAAAUAAUUUGUUUCCAUGACAACUUGAUUGUUGGGAAUCAAAUUCAAGAAAAACAAGUGCCAAAUCAUGUCAAAUUUUAUGUGUUUAUCUUCUUCCUAGAUUGAAUUAGAGAGAAGAUAUAAUUAGAACCCUUUUUGAUGACUUUUGUUCAGAGGUAUGAUAAAUAUUUUAAUAUACUGAAUUAAAGCUUUUCAUUAUUUUGAACCUAAUUUUUGUGCCCCAUAAUGAGUGUGUUACGAAUAGAGCAAGAGAGUGGAAGAGAGAGAGAGAGAGGGGGGGGGGAUACAAAAAUACAGAAAGAGAAAACAAAUAGUAUCCAAUCAUUUAUUCUUGUUGCUGUAAGUACCAAUUAUCCCGAGAACUCUUCCUUCUAUUUAUGGUUAUAUUUAGAUUAGACUAAAAAGAUUCAAUCUUUUUUCAGCUUAAAAAAUAACAAAUAUAUGAAAUUGCUGUUGUGAAAUGUUAUUAUAUAUCUAUUCAAAAACCUGUUUGUAAGUAUACAAUCAUGUUGACCAUUUGGGAUUGAGCUUUACUUUUAAGAAAAUAGGCGUAACCCUUAAGUUUUGUACUUCAUGGGCUAAUAUCGCUGUUUGUGAUUUCAUUUCAAAUAGAGGUAUUAUUAUUACUUCAACUAUAUGAUUAUUGUAAGUGGUAUUAUCUAAUCAAACAUUAUCAUUAUUAUAUAUACUUCUGUAUAUUUUGGACAGUUGUUUGACAUCCAUGUACCAUAUAUUUCUAUCAUUUUUACUCAGUAAAAUAUUUAUGCGUAUUAACAGCUGUAAGAGAAAACUAAUGUGUCAGUGUGCAAUUCUUAUUCAUGUUGUUUCCUUGAUUAGUUGAUUAUGUGACUAAUUAUAACGUAAAAUGAGCAAUGAAGGGAUGAUGAUGGUAUAGAGAGGGGGGGGGGCAGAGGACGAGAGAGAGAGAGCGAGAACAAGGAGUGAGACAAGGAGAGAGAGAGAACAGAAAUUAUGACAAAGAAAUAUAGGAUAUGCACCAAAAAGACAUUUGUGUCAGACAUAUGACUAUCAGAAAAAGCUUUCUGAACAAUUAUCCUGAGCUCUUCUCUCAUGUACAUAAAUUAGUAUUGAUAUAAAACUAUAAAAUGUUUGUUUUUAAGAUAUUCCCAUAACAGUUUCACAGAAACAAGUUUAACAUUUAAGUCACAAUAGGUUAUAUAUUUGAAUGAAAUUUAAGUUUAAAAAAUUUUGAAAUAAUUUGAACACUGCCAUAUUAACAGUAAUUUCCAUAGAAAACUUGAUUGGCUCUUGAGUACUGCUUUCAUGAAAGUUUUUUUUUUUAACAAUGAAGGUACAUGUAGUUACAAUUAAAGGUAACCUUUUAUGCUAAAUAUUCAGUUUAAUAAUUCAAUAGUGUCACACACACACAACUUGACUUAACUGGCCACACAGGAACUUUUUACGAAUCCCGAGUUUACAAUAUGAAUUGCUUUGAAAUGAGAUGAGGAAUUGAUUAGCAUUGUUACCUGGGAUGGGAAUGUCCCCGGCAGUAAUGACUUUCCAGGUUGAUGGGUAAAA